GCAUUACUCAAUACACAUUAACCUGUAAACAUGAGCCCCUCUGAGGACGUUACCAAUACACCUCUAGAGGAAAAUCGCGUAUAUGUGGAUUUAUUACGUGAAUUCUACCUGGCGCGCCUCGGUAAUACCGAGUCGUCGUCACCCCUGAAUACAUGUCAAUGUAAGGAUACCGAAGGACCAACAAAAGGUGCUGCGGACAAGGAUUCAAGGGAUCAUACGGAUUCCAUGGAUGCCAAAGGCUCUUUAGGUACCGAAAAUGGCAUUAAUCGUGGAGAUUCCACCAACGAACGUGAUAUACUAUCUGGAGUUACUGAGCUCAAUGCCCAGCUGCAGCGUUAUUAUGACUUGAUAAACCAGGAUUGCAGCAAUGUAGCUCAACUGGGAUCGCAUGAUGACCUAUCGCAGAUAUAUCUCGGACCAUCGGCCUCAUGGAGACGUCCGUCGGAACUUCUGUCGUGCUCUGAUAGACAGCGUGCAAUUGAGCUGCUAGAUCAACGUGAUGCACUAUGCAGGAAAAUAAUUGCUGUGCAACAUUGCUACAUAUUGGCUACUAUCGGUCAUGGAGGUUUAAAUGAACCCGGUUUUGGGCAAUCAGGGUCGCUUAUGACCCAUCUUACUGAAGCGGGUUCAACACCUGACAAUCGCAAUACCGAGUCAGUAGCGUCUCCAUCAGGGUGAUCCUAAACCAAUGGAGACACUACUGGUAAU